GAGCUCAUCUGCGGCAUCUCGCUGCUCUGUUCGGGCUCGGAGGAUGACAAGAUACACGCCGUCUUCAACAUCUUCGACGAGAACGGAGAUGGCUUCAUAUCAAUGGAUGAGAUGUUCAAGUUCCUGACCUCUGUCUUUAAGGUUGUGCUGACGCCGAACGUCAUGGGCGUGAUGAACUCCAUGGGUGUGACUGUGGAUUCGCCAGAGGAUCUGGCCUCGGUCACCGCGUUGGAGUGCUUCAAGACUGCGGACCUGAACCACGAUGGGAAGUUGUCGGUGGUGGAGUUCAAGAAUUGGUUCUACGCUCCAAGGAAUGACCCGUCUUUCCUCUUUUCGCCCGUCCGAAAGCUGCUGCAGUGA